UUUACAUAAAUGAUUUAUGUGUUGUUUUUCAUAAUUUUUUAUCUAGCUCAAAAAAUGGCUACUACACAGCAAGUUCGAAAUCAGAAACAAGGACAGUGGUCAUCAAUAUUUCCAAAUGAACAAGUGACAGAGACACAAUCUACUCUUUUUGUCAAGAAAUUGUUGGCUGUUGCUGUGUCAAGUAUCAGUUAUUUGAGAGCUCUAUUUCCAGAGAAUGCAUUUGGUGACAGAUGUUUAGAAGAUGUAAACCUGAAAAUAUUACGUGAUGAUAGUGCUUGUCCUGAAGCAUGUCGUGUCAUACAAUGGAUAAGAGGUUGUUUCGAUGCAUUAGAGAAGAAAUAUCUAAGAGCUGUUUUAGUUGGAAAAGCCUCAAUUAAAUAUUUGUUUGAGCGUUUCCCAGAACGACAACAAUUCAUUUGUAACUCAUCAAGCAUGAAAACAUUAAAAAUGUUUUGUACUAUAUCAGAUAUAUAUUUUCCUCCUGCUGUUGCUAGCCAGUUAAUCUACAUUCAGAAAAAGAAAAUAUAUGAAGACCCUGAUGAUCCAGAUACAGUUAUUGAAGAAUAUUCAUUCAAGUUUUCAUACGGCAAUGGAGCUGGUUUGGAUAUUUACAGGAAUGGUGUUCAAAUUUCAACAGCAAGAUCUGAUGCAGAAACCAAGAAGGCAACAAUACGUUUACUUAGAACAAUAGUCUUACUUAGUCAAACUCUGAGUCCACUACCAGAUGAUGUAAUGAUGACAAUGAAGUUACUUUAUUAUGAUGAUGUGACUCCAGAAGAUUACAAUCCACCUGGUUUUAAGGAUUGUAGUCUUGAUAAUUUCAACUUUAAAGAUGAACCAAUGAAUAUUAAAGUAGGAGAUGUUUCCACUCAAUACCAUUCCUUUAAACUUCGAAUCAAAACAUCUCAUCAUGACCUACAAGUAGCUGAUGAAAAUGACACUGUUGUGCCUGAGCCAGAAGAACAAUAUGAAGAUGGAAACAAAACUAGUUUAUACCUAGACACCAAUGAUGAUGAGAAGCCACCAAAUGCUGUGCAUCAAUUAAGUACAAGACAAUCAACACCUGCAUCAUCUUUAGUUCAAGAUGAAAAUAUUGUUCAGGAAGUCAAAUGUCCUUGUGGUGUAAAUGAGGAUGAUGGAUUAAUGAUACUUUGUGCUUCUUGUAAUACAUGGCAACAUGCUACAUGCUUUGCGAUUUUAAAGCCAGAUGAAGCUCCUGAUACUCAUUAUUGUGUUGAUUGCUCAAAGAACAAUGGCUUUAACUGCACUGAUCAGCGACUUAAGGAUAUAGAUCAAGUGUCAAGUUUAAAGGCUGUUUGUUUAUGGCGCAGAACAUUAGUGGCAAGUCUUGAAACCACAAGAAUUCUAGCUCCUAAUCUUUCAAAAAGACUUGGUGUUCCAAUAGCUAUGGCAACAUCAUUGUUGAAGCGUCUUGAAGAUGAAGGUUUUGUUACUGAUGGUGGCAAAGGAAAACGUUUUGGUAAGCUUGUUCAAAAGAAUGAAAUAACUGAACUUGGAUUUACAAAAUAUUUUCACAUUAAUGAAAACAAGAAUAGAAAUGAGGAUAUUGAAAUGAUGACCGAAAGAGCAUCUGAUCUCGUCAUUACUUCUAAGCAAGUUUUGUCAGUGGCGAAUAAUAACCAAAUUGUUAUUACUGGCAGUAAAAGAAAACAUGCUGUGGAGGAAGCUGUUUCUUUUAAAAACAAGGAUUUGCGUUUUGAAAUUUCAAAUAGUCAAACAAGCCCGAUUUCACAGCAAGAGUUUUCUGCUAAAAAAAAACGAAAGGCAAGCGUUUCCGCUGAGGCUAUGUGUGUUUAAAAAAAUGUGUAUAUAGAAAAUAUUGUGUUUCUAAUUUUUUUAGUAUAAUAAUACUAUAAAUAUAUAUGGGGGAGGGGGAUGUUCUGCAUUAGCUGUUCAUAAUUCCUUUAGUAUUGUUUAAUUGCGAAUUAAACAUUAGUAUUGAAACUAAUAUUAUUAAAUUCAAAUUUGUAUUUUUAUUUAAACAAACCCACCUUUCUCGCUCAAUUAAAUCUAUUACAAUCAUUUUUUUAUGAACUUGUAAAUGGUGCGUUAGAUUUUUAUUUAACUAUUUUAUUUUUAUUCGACGCAAAACAAAGAAAGGUGGUCUUUACACAAGUUCAUUUUUUUUCUGCUUCUCGUAGUUAAUAAAGAAAAACACGUUCAGCGAGUAUUUUUGUGACGCCUUUGUAUGAUGUAAAGAAUACGUUUUGGUUUCUCUCGUUAAAGAAACUAAAACGUUAAAAUAAAAAUACCCUUCUUUUUAUUUGUGCUUUUGUUUAUUAAAUCAAACUUGUUUCUUUUUUCUUUUUAUCUGUUUAUUGUUUUAGCUCUAUUUCUAUUGAUAAAUUUUAGCUUAUUUGUUAAAUUUAUGCAUUAAUUAUUUUUAUGAAUUGUUGAAUUUAUAUAAAUUAUUUUUUGAACGUAAAUUGUUUAAUUUAAAAUUGUAAAUUUGUGUUUUGGU